AUGUAUGUAAAAAAAGAUGAUGACAAGGUGAAAGCAUUACGAGCUGCCGAACAGAAGACAGAUGAAAACAAGAAGAAACUCAACUCAUUCACAGAAGAACUGGAUGGCAUUCAAAAUGGCCAUCUUCAGAAGGACCUCAUCGAGAAAGCAGUUACCAAAAUAUCAAAGCAAAUCCAAGGCAUUGAGGAAAACUUAAUGAAGAUUCUUGAGUCCCUAGAUUCUCUGUCUUUAGGUUCUGCGACCUUGGGAGUAAAAGGCAAGCGCAAAUCAGUGGUCAAGUGGAUACAGGAUCUUAUUACUGAAGCAGAUUCACAAAGGGCAAGAUGUGAAGCACUACAAAAAGGACAAGAUUUAUAGCACAUUGUAGGUCUACUUAUCCAUGUACCACAUAUAGUUAUAUAGUUAUUAAUUAGAAGUACUGAACCAACAGAAUAUAACCUCUUUGUAACAUCUUCACUCAAACAGGUGAGCAGCCAAUUGAGACACUUGAAAUGGGAAACUUUUCUAGAGGGAGAGGUAGAAUGCUCAAGAACCUCUUCCUUUAUUGUAUUUCUAUAGCAAGAUAGUCCUUGAAGUCCUUGGUGUCAGCCCUAUGCGCCACGCAGUCAUAGAGGAUGAUGAUGAUAGAAAGAUAGUUGAGCAUCUAUAGGAAGUAGGUAGGUUUUCUGGAAGAAGGGAGUGCUGGCCUUUUCGGAUGGGGCUGCCUUUUCCUGUAGUAAUAGGGUUGCCUAAACAUAGGGAUGAUUGGCUUUCCUGGACAAAGGGGGUUUUUAAACUCAGGGAUGUGAAGGGAGCAUGUUUUGGCUAUAGGGAGGAGGGCACAUUCCAGGAAGAGGAGGAUGUUACCCACAGGGAGGGGUACACCCUCUUGAUAAAAGGAGUCCACUUUACAGCCUGGAACCGGUUGUACGAUGGGUGGAUAGUGCUAUCCAACAGUUAAAUCUUAUCCAGUGGAUAAAUAUAUUGGAUAACAGGAUCGAUUUAUCCACUGGAUAAGGAUUUAUCCGUUGGAUAGUACUCCAUCUUUCGUACAACAGAAGCAUAUGCUUUAUAAUUCACACAUCACCAGUAGACAUUUGUAGAGGAUUUCUACAAAUUUUAUUAAAAGAAACCCUAAAUUUG